UUGCUCGUCGCCGUGACACGCGGUCCUCGCAACUCCUUCAUUCCUGUCGGGUUUAGGGUUACGCACGAGUGAUCUGGAUCGUUGCUCGAACGAAUGACAGUCGAGACGUCGGGACGAGAAAGGAUACAAGUCGCGCUUUUCGAUUUUUGAUUCGUCGUUCCUCGUUUCUUUCUUUCUCUCUCUCUCUAUUUCUCAUCGAAUCUUCCUCACGUUUAAACCUCGCUUAAGACAACCUUCUUCGACGAUCAAGCAAAGUGGUGUGAAGGAACCCGGAGAGAGUAAUUUUCGUUUCCGCGAUCAGUGUUCGACAGUCAGUGCGAACGUCAAGUGAGCCAUCGAAGUUGGGGUAUUUCGAUCUCUCGUUCCGUUCACGUCGCCGUCAUUCUCCUCUUUCUCUCUCUUUCGUCGCGGAUUUUCGCGUCUGACACCCGCGGGAGCAGCACGGCCACAUUUAUGGGGGUGUCCGGAGAGUGCGCGAUUAAAGGCAGCAAGAGCAGCCACCCCUGUCAUUGCUGCGGCGGUCACGUCGGCAGUUCCGGCGCGAGCGUGCAGCAACAGCCGCUGCAGCAGCAGCAGCAGCAGCAACAGCAACAACAACAACAACAACAACAACAACAAUCUCACCAGCAGCAACAGCAGCAGUCCUGCGAGCCGUAUUAUCAUCAUCAUCACCAGCACCACCAUCACCACCACCAUCAUCAUCAUCACGGCAAGCACGCAGCAGCGAACGCGUCGCCGCAGCACAACAACAGCGGCGACAACAACAUUCUCGCGCCUCUGCGCAGCAAGAUGAAAGUGCUCAAGAAGCUGAAGCGCAAGAUGGGUCUAGCGCCCAGAUCCUCGAGCGCUGGAACCAACAACCUGCCGCCGUUGACGUUUCACCACGUGCACGGUGACAACAUCAGGCUGUGCAACGGCGGCACGAUCGCCCGGAGGCACGAGAGUUUUUGCAAGGGUGUCACCUUUAGCGCCAGGCCCGUGCGAGUGGGCGAGAAGGUAUGCGUGAAGUUCUUGGAGAUCUCGGACAAUUGGAGCGGCGUGAUUCGCUUCGGCUUUACCAGCAACGAUCCGAUUAAUCUACGGAGCGGUCUACCAAGGUACGCGUGUCCGGAUUUAACAAACAAGCCUGGUUACUGGGCUAAAGCUCUCGCGGAGAGGUUCGCCGAGAGAGACGCGGUACUUUUCUACUAUGUCACAUCGGCCGGCGACGUACACUUCGGUGUGAACGGCGAGGAGAAGGGUCUCUUCUUCAGCGGCGUCGAGACCCGCGGUCCAUUAUGGGCGAUCAUCGACGUUUACGGCAACAGCACGGCGAUCGAGUUCGUCGAUCCGAAUCGUCAACACUUCAAUAAUAUUCGCAGAGGCGCCGAGCACAGCAACGAAGACAAUGCGCAGCACAGCAGACAUUCGGCGAUGGACGAUGCCAGCAAUGCCGGCCGCGACGUCGAGAGGAUCAUCGUGCCGUCCAUGCAGAGCAUGUCGAUCCAUCACGAGCCUGACGUCGAGCUACCCGGGCUCAGGUUUCAGCCCCCCGGCGUCAUCUUCACUCCUCUGCCCUUCCACUCCACUCGGGGCAGGAACAUCCGCUUCAGUAACCAGCAGUGCGUGGCGACGCGCACCGACACGGAAUUCUGUCACGGCUACGCCUUCACGAGCCGGCCGUUGCUGCUGGGCGAACGACUGGUCGUGCAGAUCCUCUCGACGGAACCGAUGUACGUUGGUGCUCUCGCGCUAGGCCUGACUUCCUGCGAUCCCGCGCGACUCACCGCCGAGGAUUUGCCGGAUGACAGCGAUCUGUUGCUGGAUCGACCGGAGUAUUGGGUAGUUUCCAAGGAUGUAGCGUCGAGUCCACAGCCCGGCGACGAGAUCGCCUUCACGGUCACGCACUACGGCGCGGUGCAGAUGAGCAAGAACGGCGGCCCGCCCAACGUCGUCAUGCAUGUCGAUCAGAGCCUCCAGUUGUGGGCGUUCGUGGAUGCGUAUGGUAGCACUCAGCGGGUGAGAAUGCUGGCGAGUCGACCAACCUCGCCGCCCCGGCAACGUAAUCCCUCGAGUAAUCCCUCGCCGGCCACUGUCGUUCAGCAGCAGCAGCAGCAGCAACAGCAGCAGCAGCAGCAGCAACAGCACUCGAAUCACAGCAACGCUGCCACGGAAUUGUCCCGGUUCUCCGAGAUGGUGCAAUUCAAACCGGCCGUGGGCGGUGGCACCGUGCUCGUCGUCAAUUUACCGCCCCAGGCCGGUUAUCCGACGCCGCCGCCGCCCACGCCGCAACCGAUUUACGCAUCCGCGACGCACAGGAAUCCGCCGCCGCAACCGGUGCACCUCUCAGCCGCGGCCGCACCCGUCCCGGUAACGCAUCCGGGAUCCUCCAAGUCCUCGCCGCCAUUGACCGGCACCAUGGCCAGCACCGGCUCGUCCACGUACGUCGACCCGGUCACCUAUCAGAGCCUGGACGGCACCCUGACGUCGUCGCACGCGGCGACGUCGUCUCAUCUGCAGCAAUGGAGCGAGGGCUUGCAGCCGACGCUCACCGGACAGCCGAGCGAGUGCUCGAUCUGCUACGAGCGCAGCAUCGACAGCGUGCUCUACAUGUGCGGCCAUAUGUGCAUGUGCUACACGUGCGCGAUUCAGCAGUGGCGCGGCAAGGGCGGCGGCCACUGUCCGCUCUGUCGCGCGCCGAUUCGCGACGUCAUCCGCAUCUAUCGGUCCUGAACGAUCCGGAAUUGAGAAAGGAAGAAAAAAAAA